AUGUCAUCCAUUACCCAUCUUAAUCUUAGAAAACUCUCUGCAGAAGGUCGGUUAAAAGAGGCAAUACACAUUUUACUUACAACAAAAAACCUUCCUGAAGAUAUUUCCACAUAUCUUCAUCUAUUGCAGGCAUGCAUUGCCAAGAAAGCCCUCGUAGAGGGUAAGCAAGUCCAUUCUUACAUCAAUAACAGGGGACUUGUAUUUGCCGCAAACACAUAUUUACAAAAUACACUUAUCAACAUGUAUGGCAAGUGUGGAAGUUUCGUUGAUGCUUGCAAGGUUUUUGACAGCAUGAGUCAACCAAACAUCUUCUCAUGGAACAUGAUAAUUUCAGGUUACAGAAAGCAUGGGUUUUCUCAGCAGGCAUUGACUCUGCUUCACCAGAUGCAACGAACAGCUGUACAAGCCGAUCACUUCACCUUCUCCACUGUUAUCCCUAUAUGUGCCAACUUAGCAUCUCUAAAACAUGGUUUGCAGGUCCAUGGAAGGAUAGUUAGAUGUGGGUUUCAAUCUAACGUUAUUGUGAUGAAUACCUUGAUAGACAUGUAUGCAAAAUGCGGAAGUAUAAACCAGGCAUGUGAGCUGUUUGACAAAAUGUAUCAGCGAGAUGCAAUCUCAUGGAAUUCUAUGAUUACGGGAUAUGUGCAAAAUGGCGUGCUUGAUGAGGCUGUGCAGUUGUUCGAAGAAAUGCCUCAACGAAAUGUGGUCUCGUGGACUGCAAUCAUUUCUGGGUAUGCACAAAAUGGGAUUUUUGAUAAAGCCUUGGAGAUGUUUAAGGAAAUGCAAUUGACAGGUGUUAAGCCAAACUCAGCAACAUUUGUUAGCAUUCUUCCGGCCUGUGCUAAAACGGGAGCCCUGGCACAGGGCAUAGAAAUCCAUCAGAAAAUAUUUGAAUGUGGAUAUAUGUCUGAUGUGGUUGAUGUGGUUGUCACUGCUUUGAUAUACAUGUAUGCAAAAUGUGGGAAUGUACAGAAGGCGUGUAGAUUAUUUUACAAAAUCCCUGAACGAGAUGUAACCUCAUGGAAUGCUUUGAUUGUAGGAUAUGCACAAAAUGGGAUUCUUGAUGAAGCCUUGCAUAUUUUUAAGCAAAUGCAGCUGGCGGGUGUUAAGACAGACUUGUCAACCUUUUCUACCAUCCUCCCAGUUUGUGCCAAACUCGGAGCUUUGGAACGAGGUAUGGAUAUCCAUCAAAAAAUAAUCAAAAGCGGGUUUUUGUCAAAUGUUAUAGUUGUGACUUCCCUGAUAGACAUGUAUGCCAAAUGUGGAAGCAUAGUAAAAGCUCAUGAAGUGUUUGACAAAAUGCAUCAACGAGAUGUGGCUGCAUGGAAUGCCAUGAUUGUAGGACAUGUACUCAAUGGGGUUUUUGAUAAAGCCUUGGAUCUUUUUAGGCAAAUGUAUUUAGCUGGCCUAAAGCUAGACUCGUCAACAUUUUCCAGUAUCCUCCCAGCUUGCUCCAAAUUUGGAGGUUUGGUACAGGGUAUGGAGAUCCAUCGAAAAAUAAUUGAUUGCGGGAUUUUGUCUAAUGUGGUUGUGACUGCCCUCAUAGACAUGUAUGCAAAAUGUGGUAGCAUACAGAAGGCACGCCUAUUGUUUGACAAAAUGCAUCAUCGAGAUGUGGCCUCAUGGAAUGCAAUGAUUGCAAGCUAUGCAAUGCAUGGCUAUAGCCAGGAUGCUCUUAAACUCUUUGAACUAAUGAAGCAGUCUGAAACCAAUCCUAACCAUGUAACCAUUGUUAGUGUUCUAUUUGCAUGCAGCCAUACAGGUCUAGUGGAUGAUGGUUGUAAACUCUUCAAUUGCAUGAAUGACUCUUAUUUCAUCAUGCCUACAAUGGAUCAUUAUAUAUGCAUGGUUGAUCUACUUGGCCGAGCUGGCUAUCUCGAGGAAAGCCUAAGGCUUAUUAUCAAAAUGCCAAUAAAACCCGAUGUGGUUUUGUGGAUGUGUUUCCUCAGCAAUUGUAGGUCACAUAGGAAUAUAGGCCUAGGAGAACUUGUAGCAAGACACCUUUUGAAUUUGGAUACAGAAACUGAUACACCUUAUGUUCUCAUGUCAAACAUUUAUGCAGAAGCAGACAGGUGGGUUGAUGUUCAAGAAAUAAGGAAAUUGAUGAAAGAUAGAGAAAUUAAAAAGACACCUGGAUGUAGUUGGAUUGAAGUCCAUAAAGAAACCAGGAUGUAG